UUGCCACGCGACGAGUUGUACACAAAUGAGGACUGGAUGAUUUGGAGUUUCUCCGUUUAGUUUUAAACUUAUAGAAUAUAAACCUGUAUUAUAAGCAGCACCGCUACACGCAUGGCUGCCAUGAGCCAGCGGCGCAGCAUGUCGCACAGCCUUCAGGAGAGAGCGCUGGCCGAAUUCCGGCGUCAGGAGGAGAAGCGGGAGAAUCAUAGCAGGCACGUGGCUGCAGAAAAGCAGAUUAAGGCCAACCUCAAAAAUGAGGAGAGACUCGAGAGGUUGAGGUGUUUGCGCCAGAUACAAGAGGAAGAAUAUGAGAGACAAGUGGAGGAAGCCUACUUGAAGGCAGAGCAGGAGAAGGUGUACAGAGAAAAGCUUCUGGAGCAGGAGGAGAGGAUGGCUAAGGAGCUGGCUCGCAUCAAUUCGGAGAAACUGCGAGAUGAGAAAAUGAGGCAGUACAUUAAAGAAAACAGUUUGGAGCUUCGUGAGUUAGAGACCAAGUUAAAAUCUGCAUACGUAAACAGAGAAAGAGCGGCACAGAUAGCCGAGAAGGAGGUCGUGAAAUACGAGACCAUGAGGGAGCAAGCUGAAGUUGCUCAUAAAUUGAAGAGGGAGCAGGAAAAAGCUGCAGUGGAGAAGGAGAAGCAGGAGCAGAGGCGCUAUGAGGAGGCCGUGCGGUAUCAGCAGGAGCUGGAGCAGCAGCUGGUAGAGAAGGAGAAAAAGAGACAGGAGGCCUAUGAGGAGUUCAUCAAGGAAAAACUCAUGGUGGAUGAAAUUGUGCGAAAGAUCUACGAGGAAGAUCAGAUGGUGCAUCAGCUCCGUCUUGAGAAGAUUACAGCCACACAGAGAUACAUCGAGAAGUUCAAGAAGCAGCAGGCUGAGUGGAGGCGCAUCGAGCGCGAGAAAACGGAGGAGGAGAACAUGCGCAUUUUGGAGUACGCUAAAUACCAGGAGAGGAGAGAAGAGGACAGGAUGACUAGCGUUAGGAAACGAGAGCAGGCUAAAGAGAACCUUCACAAGUUGCUGACAGAGAAGAUUGAAAUUGAGCACAAGCAGCGGGAGGAGAUGGAACGUAUCCGGGAGGAGCUCUACCUGGAGGAGCAGGCUGAAGCUGCCAGACAAAAAGAAAUUGAGGAGAUGGAGAGGAGGAUCAGGCAGAGGUUGGAGAUGCAGCAGACCUGCCGGGAACAGCUGGCCUUCAAGCAGCUGCGUCGUCAGGCUGAAAAAGAGGAGGAAGAGGCCUUCAGGCAGACCAUGCUGGCCAAGUUUGCAGAGGACGACCGCAUCGAGCAGAUGAACGCACAGAAGCGGCGCAUGAAGCAGCAGGAGCAUAAACGCGCCGUGGAGAAACUGAUCGAGGAGAGACGGCAGAAACAUCUGGCUGAUAAGGAGCGGGAGGCAGAAGAGAAAGCACUGGAGCAGGAGAGGGAAGCCAUGCGCCGACAGAUCAUUGAGGAGGAGAGACAGAAACUUCUCAAGCUCCAUGCUACAAAACUGUUGGGCUACCUACCCAAGGGCAUUUUCAGGGAGGAUGACCUGGAACAUUUUGACGAAGAUUUUAAAAUGAAGUUUAAGAAAGGUCAGGCUGACAUCUUCUCUGAGGAGAGCUGGGGAGAGGAUGAGCAGUAAAACGUUUCCACUCAGGGCCACUAGAUGACGGACUCGGUGAGGUUGAGUUCAAUGCAAAGUGUAACCAGAUAAAAACCUGGAAAAACCUAAAAAUAUGAACCGAAAUCCUGUAAUGCAAAUACCAAACAGGGUGGAGUUUUUCCUUACUUUUCUUAUUUAGAAGUGGUGGCAUAUUAUAGUUUAGAUGGGACACAGCAAUAACUGGUUUUACUUUAGGAGAAAAUAUGCAUUUGUUUAACCAUUUAAUACAGAUUUUGAGACAACUUUAAUAAAACUGAAUUGUGAAAAUGUCAAUUUAGAGCAUAGUCAUGCUGGAACAGGGAGGGUCCUUCCCUAAACAAAGUUGAAAGCAUAUAAUUUCCUUUAUAUAAUGGAUUGAUUACACCUGUUAGCAAUUGUCUAAAACACAUGAAUUCAAUCCUUAGUAGAAAAAUAUAUAGAAACAUUGUAAGUAGAGGUGUGCAAUACAAUCCUAUAAAGUGAAUAAUUCAUUUUUAAAUACUGACCUUUAAUGAGACACCCUGUAUUUUAGGUUUGAACUAUUUGUAGGUUUGAAACCCAUGUGUUAAAAUCCAUUCAUGAAGAAUAUUACUAGCAGGUUGGGAAUUUGAAGCUUAAGAUACAUAUAAAAAAUAGAGAUGUCAGAUGAGAAAAGCAUGCCAAAACAUGACAAUUAUCUCAUAAAUACAGCACGUCUGUUAGGAAGUAACUCUAGUCAUGAAAUGCCCUCGGGUAAAUAAACAUUUUAAAUAGUUUUCACAAAUAAAAUAUGUUAAACUUGC